UGAAAUACAGCCCCUCAACACAACCACCCCGUCUGUCCCUCCACUCUCAGACCCCUUCCCGGGAGCCCACCUACCGCCCGACAGCUUCACUCUGAGUCGCUAGGCGCCAUCCCUUCGCCACCCACCCCUGUCCACAACCAGGCUGUCAUCUGAGGCCUAGGACUGCCAAUCUGCCACCAUUGUCCUGGAGUCUCCAGCAAUUCAGGGUUAAUCUCUAAUUAAGGGUUAUGUCAUGGGACCGAACCUCCAGGAAUACGUCCAACCAAAACUGGCCACCCGAGCUGGGGGUGAUUGGAGCGGCAGUGGGUGGGAGCGAUGGCACAUUGGCAUGUCUCAGCCAGCGGAGAUCAGAUAAAUAUGACUUCCUGGAGGUAAAGGGAGAUGGGAGGCAACCAAAGGGGGGUGACUGAAAUGCAGCAGCUGAUGGAGAAGAUUUUACCCACCCGCAGCCACACGUACAAUUUGGUGGGGUCGCUUUGGACAGAUGACUCCAAAUUACCCCAAAUUCCCUUCACAGCUAUCUGCAACCUGACAGCUCCCCCGAAUAUCGCUAGCCAGCAGUGUGGUUUAGCUAUCGGCCAACCAUUCAAGGUCGUGGAGCUAACGACAGGUGUGGUUAGAAAUGUCUUGUGACAGAGCCAAUAAAAAUGACGUGGAAAAUUGACAGGGCCGGAUCGCCGACCUACGGUGAGAAUUCACACCUGUCAGACCCCCUGGUGUGAGAGCAGAGCAGGGAUUGGUGGCCCAGUGUAGGACGCAGCCCUGGCUGGGGAGCUGCUCCUAGGGACCAUCACCAAGCCAGGAUGGUCCAGGAGAUGCCAGCUGCUGCUGUGCUGACCCCUGCACCAGGGCAGCCGGGUGGGGCAUCAGACCAGAUGGUCCAGCUCUGAACACUCCAACUGCCCCAGUCUAAGUAAGAGGAAUCCUCCUCAGUCAUAUGCAGUACAGGGGCUAAGAGACACAGAUGAAUGUGGCUGAUUCUAGGGGACAGUGGAAUGCAUGCACACACACACAUACACACACACACACCACCCUGUCCCUCACACAGGGAAUAGCACAUGCUCAAACACACACACACAUAUCCGGCCCUUGUCCCCCUCCUCUCGCUGCAGCCAUCUCAGAGGCACUGACCACAAAACUUCCCACUGCCGCCUGGGGCUGACACGUCCGGAGGAUGCUGAGGCUGAGCUGAGUUGGCCCCACGGAGCCGUCCAGAGAGCAGGGACCAUGGAGCAGCUGCCAGCCCUGAGCACCGUCCUCUGCAUUGUCCUCCUCAUCCCUACCUGGGAAGCAGGUCUCACAGUCCUUCAGAGCCCUGCUGCCCUCCGAGCGUCCCCCGGCGAGACCGCGGCACUUAACUGCUCCUUCGAGAACACACAGGGCAGCCUGGCCAAAGCGACCUGGACCAGAGCACCCGGAGUCGUGCUGGAUUCUGCCCAUCCCUUCUACAGGGGGCGGCUCCGUAUGUCCCACCUGGAUCUGCUCCAGAAAGGGGAGGCCACACUGACCCUGUCGGAGCUGGAGCAGCGGGACUCUGGUCUCUACCAGUGUCACAUCAGCAUCUGCAAGGGAGAGAGCGGGAGGGGAGCAGGCACCGAGCUGCUGGUGACGGGGAGAAACCAGAGUGACACAGGGGCUCCAGGGGGACAUGAGCUCUGUCGGGACUCAGGGCCCCUCUUUUACCGAGCCGUCAUCUCCCUGUCGCUCAUCAUUCUCUUCUCCCUGGGAAUCAUCCUCAGCCUGCGGCCUUGGAACGGCGUCCCCGUGGAUCCUGUGGUGGGUGCUGGCUCCAAGCUGCCCCUGGCACUGGGGCAGGUGUCUCUGAUUUAGCCACUCACGGGGCUGGUCACUGGCAGGAUUUACCCAGUUCUUGGUUCAGAAGCCAUCAGACUUCGCUGGACUCUGAGCCACCUGCCGGUGGCUCCUGCGGGGCCAGGCCUCUCCGCUCUCCUCUGCUUCUAUGUGUGGGUCGUUCGGCCCUGGGAACCGAGCGAAGGGGCCGCGCGGGAGCUUUGUUGCCCCCAGUGGUCGUGGCCGUUACAGUUCUGCUUGGUACAGGAAAUGGCUGGUGGCUCCGGGCGUCGGGCUCCGGGGUGUGGCUGGCUCUGGGGAGGGGAAUGUGCACCCUGCAGGGCUGCUGCUGUGAUCCCAGCCGGGGUCAAUCGGCCGUAGCUCCACUGGAAUAAACUCAGAAACAUCUAUUGACACCAGCUGUGAAUCUGUCCUGUAUGUCUUGGGUCUGACAAUGACAUUAAAGAAAAAUAUUUCUCAAGAGAAUCCGAGAAUCUCAGGGUGGGAAGGGAGCUCAGGAGG